AUGCCUUUCGUACCCAAUACCCCCGAGUCACUCUCUGCCCUCCUCUCACACACCGAUUCAGAGAACCCUUCUACCACAUGUUGUGGUGUAUCAAACAAUGGGAAUAAAUGUCGCCGCAAGCGAAUGCCCUCAGGGUCAGGCCAACCAGCAUCCGGAGUGAUUGCUGUGUUUAACGAUCAAGAAGUCUUCUAUUGUGAACAGCAUAAGGACCAGUCCCAGGAUGUGGCGCUCAGACACACUGCUUCCUUCGCCCGGGGGCGUGAAUCGCGUGGCCGCGGGAGUAUGGACACUCUUAUUGAGAAAAUUGAAUUGUUGGCUGCUGGUGGGAAGCCCGGAGAGGCUACCACUACAACCGUGACAUCAAGGACUAAGAGAGUUGGCCCAGGGGAUGAUCCAUUCAUUUUCCCUCCCAAGUCUGCGGGGCUACCGAGACCCCCCACAAGUCAUCAGCGAGAGGAACGCAGACAGCAGCAGCAAAAGACAGAGAAGAAACAAACUUUUUGGUCAAAGCUGUGCUGUUGCAUUUCUGAAGAGCCGAAGGAAGAUCUUUACCCUCGGCUCAAGAUGGAGGAAGCGGAAUUGCGUGCAUCUGCCGCAGGCAUUGUGGAAAAUGAUUCCACCGAGAAGCGUGGGAAAACACAUAGAAGGGGCAAAAGUGACACACAUCUGGACUUUGAGUCCACUCCACCAACACCACCAUUGCCAAUGAUGUACCCGGACCUUACAGCCCUGAUUAACCGGGGGCAGCGCGACACCAGCGCAACUGCGACAUCCAGACCGGCAACGGCAGGAAGGGGAGUGACACCUGCCACCCCAAACGACCCCUCAAAAAAUGAUUUUGGCGGUCGAAGAAAUAAAAGAACGGGAAACCCCUUGAUACCGCCAACUUUAGCGGGGGAAACGGCACAAUGCCUUGAACAAGAGCUUGCAAAGCCCUUUUCUGAUCGGGACGAGCCGGGCUACAUUUAUAUGUUCUGGCUGUCAGACUCCCCCAUAUCGCCACAACCAACCCCAGCUUCUACUCCCAAUAGCACACCUAAAAAGUCGGGUGGGCACUCCCGCCAGGGAAACGCUUCGGAUGCAUUGCGAAAGGUGGUUAAGGACUCCGAGAGCGCGCCACAAGGGCAACGCAUAUUGCUCAAAAUCGGGCGAACAAACAAUGUCCAACGACGCCUUCACCAAUGGUCAACCCAAUGCGGGUACAAUUUGUCAUUAAUCCGUUUCUACCCUCACAUUUCAGCAUCCUCCCCAGGAUCCGCAACCCCGAAAGCAACAACCGAGGCCUUGAACAAGCAGGUUGGAAAGAAAGUACCAAAUUCCCACCGGAUCGAACGACUAAUCCACAUCGAGCUCGGGGACAACCCGGAAAACCGUCCCGAGAUCAAGUGCGACGUCUGCAAAAAGACGCACAAGGAAUGGUUCUCGGUGCCGGCCACCCGCGCAGGCUUGCAAGGCGUGGACGAAGUCGUCAAGAAGUGGAUCGAAUACGGGGAGAAGAGCGCUAUGGUCACUGGAGGGGGGGCCUCUAUGGCGCAGGCACCGCGCAUCCCCAAGGUUACCCCAUCCAAAAGUGCGGCCAGCCCCCCAAGGAAGGAGGAGACCCCCAAGUCGGCCACAAAGCGGCCAACGCUGCAGAGCGCUCCGGCUGGCGCUGGCGCCAGAGCAGCGGCUAAAAAGUCUCCAUCGCCCCCCGGGAAAGCUAGCGGAAGCGCGGGUAACACCAGGACCGAUAAUUCCUCGGGCAACAGUACCAAGACUACACCCACGAGAAAUGCUAAGACCCCAUCUCCGGGUAAGAGUGCGAGGCCACGGACGCCGAGCCGCCCUCCGUCUUCCCGGGGUAAGGCCUCUUCAUCUACUCCGAAGACUACCCCUCCGCCCUCGCCGGGCGUGGGCAGCAGUGAAAGGAAGAAGAGGCCCAGUGGCGGUGGCGGGAGGUGGAAGCUCUAUGAUGAGAAUGAGGGAUGUGAGGAAUAUCAACCCGACGACGAGGUAGAAUAGUCUAGCGUUAUUAUUUUUCUUUAUUUUUUUCCUUUUCUCUGUUACAUUUUUUGUUUCUACACAGGCGUUUGGCGGGGAAUAUGUUAGAUGGCGUUUUUCGCACAUUUUUUUUCUUUCUUCUCUUUUUCUUGCUUGGAUCGUCACAUCCGUACAGUACAUUUUCUCCUAUAUUUGGAGUAUCAUAUAGCGUUGUGUUGUACAGUACGAGUACAGUACUGUACAGUGAUACUGUAGGGUUCACGAAUAGCAAUAUACCCUUGAGAGUUAACACCUA